ACAAAAAAGGAAGAAGAAUCUAAGAGCCAAUCAGCUCUCCGUGAGGGCAGCGAGGCGUUUCCCAUCAUGCACUGGGCCACGCAGUCGGUGGAGAAGCAACUGCGGCGCCUCGGCUCUGUUGAGAUUCUCAGUGACCACGUGAUGGUGCGUCGUUCAAAGAUGGAGUCCCACGAGCCUCCGGUGUCGGUCUCCGUGUCUCCGGGAGAAAUGCUGAGGCUGUUGGUGAAGCAGCGAGUCCACGCGGCCGUUGAAGAGUCUUUUGGGCUGUUGGACACAUUGACAGCAGCUUAUGAGGACACCGUGUCUCAGCUCAGAGAACACGAGCGACGCGCAUCAGAUGUCCAGCAGCUGGUUGGGAUUAAAGCAGAUGUCCCCCCUGAGGACCAGGACAAAGAGGAGCCGGAGCCCCUCCUCAUAAAAGAGGAGCUGCAGGAUCUCUGGACCCGUCUAGAGGGAGAUCAGCUCAUUGUGCUGGAGGAGGCCGAUAUCACCAAGUUCUUAUCCACUGCUGUUACUUUGAAGAGUGAAGAUGACGAACCUCAUACCUCACGGCUUCAUCAAAGCCAGACGGAGGACAACAAAGAGGCGGAGCCUCCCGCCUGCAGCUCAGCUACACCAAUACAAACAGAAACUGAUGGAGUCGACUGUGGGGGAUCAGGACCAGACUGGAACCUAAAUCCACAUCGUCAUUCACAUCCAAAUGCUGAUGAUGAAGAGGCUUCAGACUCUUCCGAGACUGAGGAUCCAUGCAGGUGACGCCCGUGACCCUGCCUGCAGAUGAACCUACACCUGAGGACAUUUGGCUGAGAGCUGCCAGCCAGACGACCCAGUGGGCCUCAUAGAAGAGUUCAAGCUGUGUGCCGGUGCUGUUACGUGUGGUUGACAGGGUGCUGUUGUCCUACGGUUCAUCUCAUUGUAAAUAUUGCUACUGCCAUAUCGAUCGAUACUGUGAGUAUUUCCACUGGUCUCUGCAGCAUCGAUUCCGUUUCUUUGAAACAGAUAUUUUAUUUCUUAUAUUGAAGCACUCUAGGAUUAAGGUGUCUUUACGCUGCAGACCGCAUACCGGGAGCGGCUAACUUGUGGUGGAGUCCCUAUGUAGUGGCGCACUCUGCAAUAUAAUCUGUGUGAUGUAUGUAACUGAUGUAAUGUGUACUACGAUGUCAUUCCUUGGUACAUGCUGUAUCACAAAGUCUUGUAAUCAUGUGUGAGAGGUGUGCGAGUCCAGAGUGUCUGUAAAAAUCUAUUUUAAACAAUUUGAGCAAAAUGUCCAUAAAAAGAAGGAAUAGAGGUCUUCGAAUAGAUCCUUCUAGACGGAUACAGACGUUCAGAUAUUGAUCCUUCACUCUUUGGAAAAACACUUUGCUCAUCAGCUCGAGUUUUACUUAUUUAGCUGUUAACCUUUUUAUUUUUAUCUUGUGUUAAAUAAACAUCGACUGCAUUGCAGUUUGACUACAUCA